CGGCUGCACUGGCUACACCUCCUGCACAGUACUCAAAUCCCAGCGCAGAGACGGAACCGGCCCGUGCGGACUCUCCACCAAUCAACGACGUAGGAAAUGUUUCGGAGACACUAAUUGGUUCGAUUACCUGGCACGCUCCUGAACCGAAAGUUGUGGCUGGUUGCGGCGUUGCCUGGCGACGUGUUACUCAGUGGCGCUGUGCAUCUGUAGAGGCCAGGUUGUCGCUAGGCAACGGGAAACAUUAACCGCUACGGAGGACUUUCUACUCCCGACCAGGCGUUGCUCUCUCUGGAGAACCUCAGCAGCGAUUGCUCUAUUCUAACUUGGAGUAAGGAUGACUUUUCAGGCCACAGAUAGUGAAUUUGACCUGACAAAUACUGAAGAGCAUGCAAAAAAUUCUGCACUUCCAAGACUGAAUAACAUAAAAGCCAAAAGAAGAGUGAGUUAUGUGACAUCCACAGAAAAUGAAUCUGAUACACGGAUCCUAACAUUUAGGCACAUUACAAAAGCUCAGGAGAAGACAAGAAAACGACAGCAGCCUAUAAAACUAGAGCCUUUGCCAGCGCUAAAAGUCUACCAAGAUCAUAAGCAGCCAAAAUACGUACAUGAACAAAAUCGAUUUCAGUUAAUGACUUCCGGACUCAUUAAACAUCCAGUAGGCAUAGCAAAAAUCAGUUCUGUUACAUCAUCUACUCAGUUUCUUGAGCAGGAAGAUGCUAUGAAAAAAAUACAGAUUUAUCAGCCCUCUCCUCCUAAACUGUCACGUACCAGUAUUGGAAGAAGAGGUCUCUUCGGAACUAGAUCUUCAGCUUACCCUAAGUACACUUUCCAUGACCGAGAAGAAGUUAUAAAAGCCAACAUUCAUGAUCCCUUGCAAAUCAUUAAAAUAAUACGUGAAAAUGAAGAUCUUGGAUUUCUUUAUAUGAUCCCUGCAGUGUCAAGAUCAUCCAUUGAAUAUGAUACAUAUAAUCUAAAAGUUGUAAGCUAUGAGAACAUCAAUAAAAAUGACUACUAUACUAUUAGCCAAAAGGCAGUAACACACAUUUAUAAUGAUGACAUUGAAUUUAUUGAACUUGAUCGAUGGGAACAGGAAUAUCUAUAUCACAGAGAACUCGCUAAGAUUCCCAUCUUUUCACUGUUCCGGAAAUGGAAAGCUUUUAGUGUAUGGAGGAAGAAUGUCCGCUCCAAGAAAAUCACUGGAUGUCGAAAAUCUCUACAAAAAAAUCUGUUCAUUGUUAAUCCUCAUUUACGACCAGCUCUUCUUAAAAUAAGUGAAUUGUGUUAUCAUUUGAGUUUUAUGGGACUUUGUCAUAUUGAAAAGUGUCACACCUACACCCUGCAGGAAUUCAAGGCUGUGCAAGUCAUACGGCUAGCAGAGGUGACAGAACACCUAGGAGAAUUUCGAAAUGAGGCAAAAGAUGUAGUCAGGAAGGCUUGUCGAUUUGCUUUGCGUGCUGCGGGAUUUGCUCCUGAUGACUGUGCAUUUGGACCUUAUGAGGAUUGUCACAAAGGGCAGAGCAUUGUAAGUUUCGUUAACAUUUCAUAUGAGUUGCCCACUUAUGGAGACUCUGAGAAAAUGACAUAUACAGAACAGGCCAGCAAAAGGCAUCAUUGCAAGAGGCUGACAUGCUUUAUCCGUCUAAACGACUAUCUAAUUGAGAACACAAUGCACGUCUUGACAGUAAAUUCUGUUAAUUCACUUUUAAAUCAUCUCACUGACAAGCUAAAACGAACACCUUCAGCAGAUGUCAUUCAGAAAUGGAUUACUGAAGACAAACCUGAAGUCACUGAUAAAAAGGGGCCCCUUGUGGUGGAAAGGCAAGAGGAAGAUGAAUCUCUCAUCCCCAUGUUUCUCACAGAACUAAUGUUGACAAUGCAGUCACUCCACUUUGAGCCUUGUCUGGAAGACUUUCUGGAUGGCAUUUUGGGUGCAGUUAAUCAUUGUCAAAACACUGUAUUAUCAGUUCCCAAUCUCGUGCCUGAUUCGUAUUUUGAUGCUUUCACCAGCCCUUAUAUUAACAACAAACUUGAAGAAAAAACCUGUGGAACUGGGCCAAGCUUGGCAGCAGUGUUUGAGGAUGAUAAGAAUUUUCACACAAUUAUUUCUCAAAUAAAGGAAACAAUUCAGGCAGCAUUUGAAUCUGCUCGCAUCUAUGCAGCAACCUUUGAAAAGUUCCAGAUAUUCUUCAAGGAAAAUGAAAGUCUUGAUUUACAAGCUCUUAAACUUCAGGAACCUGAUGUUAACUUUUUUAGUGGACAACUGGAAAAAUAUCACAAACAGCACAAGGACGCAGUAGCUCUCAGACCCACCAGAAAUGUAGGAUUGCUGCUCAUUGACACUAAGCUGCUAAGAGAGAAGUUAAUUCCAUCACCUUUGCGAUGCUUAGAGGUGCUAAAUUUUAUGCUUCCUCUUCAAAGCAAGAAAAAAGUGGAUGCCAUUAUCUCUGAGGCACAAGAUGCAGAGUAUAAACUUGAAUUUGUUCCAACUACUACCACAGAAUAUGUUCAUAGCUUAAUAUUUCUUGAUGAAAUUCAGGAACGGAUUGAAAGCCUUGAAGAUGAAGGGAAUGUAGUGAUUCAAAUGUACAAGCUUAUUGAACAAUAUCAGGUGCCCACACCUCCUGAAGACUUUGCUGUUUUUGCAACUAUGAAGCCAUCCAUUGUUGCUGUUCGGAAUGCCAUUGAUAAAGCAGUGGGUGAUAGAGAAUCAAGCAUUAAGCAAUUUUGUGUACAUUUGAGUAGUGAUCUUGAAGAAUUAAACAAUGAAGUGAAUGAAGUAAAACUGCAAGCACAGGAUCCACAGAUUUUAGAUAUCUCUGCUGACCAAGACAAAAUAAGGCUCAUAUUGAAUAAUCUGCAGUCUGUUCUGGCUGACCUUCAAAAACGUGCAUUUCAAUAUAAGUCCUAUCAGAAGAAUUUUAAGGUAGAAGUGUCCAAGUUUGAAGCUUUGGAAGAAGUUAGUGCUGAACUGAAGCUCAAACAAUUGCUCUGGGAUUCUUUCUCUGAAUGGGAUAAACUCCAACAAGAAUGGUUAAAGUCCAAAUUUGAUUGCCUGGAUCCAGAAGUUCUCAACGGUCAAGUUUCUAAAUAUGCUAAAUUUGUGUCUCAACUGGAAAAAGGCUUGCCACCCAACAGUGUAGUGCCCCAGCUCAAACACAAGGUGGAAACCAUGAAAGAAAAGCUUCCAGUUAUCAUUGACUUGAGGAACCCGGCUUUGAAGCCAAGACAUUGGGCAGCUAUUGAACAAACAGUUGAUGCCACUCUAGUGGAUACUGAAAUUCCAUUAACCUUGGAGAGGCUCUCUGAGUUGCAUGUUUUUGACUUCGGUCAAGAAAUCCAGGACAUAUCUGGACAGGCUUCUGGAGAAGCUGCCUUAGAAACAAUUCUUAAAAAGGUGGAAGACUCUUGGAAAGCAACUGAAUUUGUCAUUCUGCCUCACCGUGAUGCCAAAGAUGUGUUUAUACUGGGCGGCACAGAUGACAUACAGGUCCUUCUUGAUGAUAGCACCAUCAAUGUUGCAACCCUUGCCUCAUCACGUUACGUUGGUCCACUGAAAACUCGAGUGGAUGAAUGGCAAAAACAACUUGCUUUAUUUAAUCAAACACUGGAAGAGUGGCUGACCUGCCAGAGAAACUGGCUCUACCUAGAAAGUAUUUUCAAUGCUCCAGAUAUUCAGAGGCAAUUGCCUGCAGAGGCCAAGAUGUUCCUUCAGGUGGAUAAGUCAUGGAAAGAAAUCAUGAGGAAGGUGAAUCGACUGCCUAAUGCUCUUCGAGCUGCUACUCAGCCAGGACUUCUGGAAACUUUUCAAAACAAUAAUGCAUUACUUGACCAAAUUCAGAAGUGCCUAGAGGCAUACUUAGAAUCAAAAAGAGUUAUCUUUCCAAGAUUUUACUUCUUGUCAAAUGAUGAACUUCUGGAGAUUUUGGCCCAGACACGAAAUCCACAGGCUGUGCAGCCACACUUAAGGAAAUGCUUCGACUCCAUUUCAAAGCUCGAAUUUGCUCUCAUGCCUCCUGCCGAAGGAAAGAUUCCUGGUAUUGAUGGAGAACCAGAAAAGGUUUAUACUAAUGAUAUUUUAGCAAUGCUGUCACCAGAGGGAGAAAGGGUUAGCUUGGGGAAAGGCCUCAAGGCCCGAGGCAAUGUAGAAGAAUGGCUUGGUAAAGUGGAAGAAGCCAUGUUCACAUCUCUGCGGCGCCUGUGCAAAGCUGCCAUCGCUGACCAUCAGGGGAAGCUGAGGACAGACUGGGUGAUUGCUGGCCACCCUUCUCAAGUUAUCCUGACUGUUUCUCAAAUUAUGUGGUGCCGUGAUUUGACCGAAUGCCUGGAAACAGAAGACAAUAAUCAUCUAGCGGCCCUGGAAGAUUUUGAAAAAGUAAAUUUUGAGAGAUUAAAUGCCCUGGCUACAAUAGUUCGAGGCAGUCUUCCAAAAUUACACAGAAACAUCCUAACUGCAUUGAUUACUAUUGAUGUGCAUGCAAGAGAUAUAGUCACUGAACUCAUUCAAUCUAAGGUAGAGACAGUUGAAUCCUUUGACUGGCAGAGACAACUGCGCUAUUACUGGGAUACAGACCUGGAUAAUUGUGUGGCCAGAAUGGCACUCUCUCAGUACACUUAUGGUUAUGAAUAUCUGGGUGCAUGCCCAAGAUUGGUUAUUACUCCUCUCACAGAUCGCUGCUAUCUAUGCCUCAUGGGAGCUUUGCAGCUUGACCUUGGGGGUGCACCAGCUGGUCCUGCUGGCACUGGGAAAACAGAGACUACUAAAGAUCUGGCAAAAGCUCUUGCCAUCCAGUGUGUGGUCUUUAACUGUUCUGAUGGUUUGGACUACAAGAUGAUGGGGCGCUUCUUCAGUGGCUUGGCACAGUCAGGGGCCUGGUGCUGCUUUGAUGAAUUUAAUCGAAUUGACAUAGAAGUUCUGUCCGUCAUUGCACAGCAACUCAUUACCAUUAGGAAUGCCAAAGCGGCAAAGCUCUCUAGAUUCAUGUUUGAGGGGCGGGAAAUAAAGUUGGUGAUGACUUGCGCAGCCUUCAUCACGAUGAAUCCUGGUUAUGCAGGCAGAACCGAAUUGCCUGAUAAUUUGAAAGCCCUGUUUAGACCAUUUGCCAUGAUGGUUCCAAAUUAUGCCUUGAUUGCAGAGGUAAUUCUAUAUUCAGAAGGAUUUGAAUCCAGUAAAACAUUAGCAAGAAAAAUGACUCAGAUGUAUAAACUUUGCAGUGAGCAGCUGUCUCAGCAAGAUCACUACGACUUUGGCAUGAGAGCGGUGAAGUCUGUCCUGGUCAUGGCUGGAUCUUUAAAAAGAGAAAACCCAAACCUAAAUGAAGAUGUGGUGUUGAUAAGAGCUUUACGAGACUCCAAUUUGCCAAAAUUUCUCACAGAUGAUGCUCUUCUGUUCAGUGGAAUCAUAUCAGAUCUUUUUCCUGGGGUCCAAAUUCCAGAACAUGAUUAUGGUAUUUUACAGUCAACAAUUGUGGAUGUCAUGAAUGGACAAAAUCUUCAGCCUGAGAUGUGUAUGGUUAGAAAAGUGAUACAGUUUUAUGAAACUAUGCUAGUAAGGCAUGGUGUUAUGUUAGUUGGGCCAACAGGCGGUGGCAAGACCACAGUUUACCGAGUACUAGCAGAAACUUUAGGAAAUUUACAAAAACUUGGGAUAGAAAAUCCCUUUUACCAGGCAGUUAAAACAUAUGUUCUCAACCCUAAAUCAAUUACCAUGGGUGAAUUAUAUGGAGAAGUUAAUAACUUAACCUUGGAAUGGAAAGAUGGUUUGAUGGCACUAAGUGUCCGAGCAGCUGUGAAUGAUACUUCAGAAGACCAUAAAUGGAUCAUCAGUGAUGGGCCAGUAGAUGCUCUUUGGAUUGAAAACAUGAAUACAGUGCUGGACGAUAACAAGAUGCUUUGCCUGGCUAACAGUGAGAGGAUUAAACUCACACCUCAAAUUCACAUGCUUUUUGAGGUGCAAGAUCUGCGGGUUGCCUCCCCUGCAACAGUCAGUCGGUGUGGAAUGGUGUUUGUGGAUCCUGAAGAACUGAAAUGGAUGCCUUAUGUUAAAACUUGGAUGACAGGUAUUUCUGAAAAACUGAAUGAGGAAACCCAAGAAUAUAUAUUGAAUCUUUUCCAACGUUAUGUUGAUGAAGGUUUACAUUUUAUCAAUAAAAAGUGUGGCCAAGCAAUUCCACAAGUGGACAUUAGCAAAGUUACUACACUCUGUUGCUUAUUGGAGUCCCUGAUACUUGGGAAAGAUGGAGUUAACUUGGCAAUGGAACAAAUAAAACUGAACACUAUACUAUGUCAGACUUUUGUAUUCUGUUAUUUAUGGGCUUUGGGUGGAAACCUAACUGAACACUAUUGGGAUUCUUUUGAUACGUUUAUUAGAACACAAUUUGAUGAUAAUCCUGAUGCUAGGCUUCCCAGUUCUGGUGAUCUGUGGAGCAUUCAUGUGGACUUUGACACCAAACGGCUGGAUCCCUGGGAACGAAUCAUACCUACCUUCAAAUACAACCGAGAUGUUCCAUUUUUUGAAAUGCUUGUCCCCACAACUGAUACAGUACGCUAUGGAUAUUUAAUGGAAAAACUACUGGCAGUCAAGCAUUCUGUGUUGUUUACUGGAAUAACUGGAGUAGGCAAGUCUGUGAUUACAAAAGGAUUGCUAAAUAAAAUUCAAGAAUCAGCUGGCUAUAUCCCUGUUUAUCUGAAUUUUUCUGCUCAAACUUCAUCUGCAAGAACACAAGAGAUCAUUGAGUCAAAAUUGGAGAGAAAAAGAAAAAAUAUUCUAGGAGCACCAGGAAACAAACGAAUUAUAAUUUUUGUUGAUGAUUUAAACAUGCCCAGACUGGAUCGCUAUGGCUCUCAGCCUCCGAUAGAAUUACUUCGGCAGUAUCAAGAUUUUGGGGGAUUUUAUGACAGAAACAAACUCUUUUGGAAAGAAAUACAGGAUGUAACAAUUGUAUCGGCGUGUGCACCUCCAGGCGGUGGGCGCAACCCUGUGACUCCUCGCUUCAUCAGACACUUCAGCAUGCUGUGCCUCCCAAUGCCCUCAGAGCACAGCCUGAAACAGAUUUUUCAGGCCAUCUUAAAUGGCUUCCUGAGUGAUUUUCCUCCAGCUGUAAAGCAAACUGCAUCAAGCAUUGUAGAAGCCUCAGUUGAGAUUUAUAACAGAAUGAGCGUUGACCUCCUGCCAACACCUGCCAAGUCACAUUACAUCUUUAACUUGAGGGACUUAUCCAAAUGUGUGCAAGGUAUCCUCCAAUGUGAUUCAGGAACAAUAAGAGAAGAAAUUCAGAUAUUUAGACUCUUUUGCCACGAGUGCCAAAGAGUCUUCCAUGAUCGCUUGAUUAAUAAUGAAGAUAAGCACUAUUUCCAUGUUAUUCUGACAGAAAUGGCCAAUAAACAUUUUGGAAUUGCAAUUGGCCUGGAAUAUUUUUUGAAUAAGCCCAUCAUAUUUGGAGAUUUCAUUAAGUUUGGAGCAGAUAAAGCUGAUCGGAUUUAUGAUGACAUGCCUGAUAUAGAGAAAAUUGGAAAUGUUCUACAGGACUAUCUUGACGAUUAUAAUCUCACAAAUCCCAAAGAAGUAAAGUUGGUGUUCUUCCAGGAUGCUGUAGAACAUGUUUCAAGGAUUGCUCGGAUGAUACGUCAAGAAAGAGGCAAUGCCCUGCUUGUGGGAGUAGGAGGCACAGGAAAGCAGUCUCUCACGAGACUCGCAGCUCAUAUAUGUGGCUACAAAUGUUUGCAGAUUGAACUCAGCCGGGGAUAUAAUUAUGACAGUUUUCAUGAAGACCUGAGGAAGUUGUACAAAAUGGCUGGUGUAGAAGACAAGAAUAUGGUUUUCCUUUUCACUGACACCCAGAUUGUAGUGGAGGAGUUCCUAGAGGAUAUAAAUAACAUCCUGAACUCAGGUGAAGUGCCUAAUUUAUUUGAAAAGGAUGAACUGGAGCAGGUUUUAGCGGCCACUAGACCAAAAGCAAAAGAAGUAGGAAUUUCCGAGGGGAACAGAGACGAGGUGUUUCAAUACUUUAUCAGCAGAGUGCGUCAGAAGCUGCACAUUGUUCUCUGCAUGAGCCCGGUUGGGGAGGCCUUUCGGUCCCGAUGCAGGAUGUUUCCAUCUCUUGUGAACUGCUGCACCAUUGACUGGUUUGUGCAGUGGCCCAGAGAAGCACUUCUUUCUGUGUCAAAGACAUUUUUCUCACAAGUCGAUGCUGGAAGUGAAGAACGGAAAGAAAAGCUUUCCUUGAUGUGCGUGAACGUUCACUUGAGUGUCUCCAGCAUGGCAGAGCGCUAUUACAAUGAACUGCGCAGGCGGUACUACACAACACCCACCUCCUACCUGGAGCUUAUCAAUCUUUACCUGUCUAUGCUGUCUGAAAAAAAGAGGCAGAUCAUUUCAGCACGAGAUCGGGUGAAGAAUGGUCUCACCAAGCUACUAGAAACAAACGUACUAGUAGAUAAAAUGAAAUUAGAUCUUUCAGCUUUAGAGCCUGUGCUUUUAAAAAAGUCACAAGAUGUUGAAGCCCUGAUGGAAAAAUUGGCAGUGGAUCAAGAAAGUGCUGAUCAGGUCCGUAACACGGUGCAGGAGGAUGAAGCAAUAGCAAAAGUCAAAGCUGAAGAAACCCAAGCAAUAGCUGAUGAUGCUCAAAGAGAUCUUGAUGAGGCAUUACCCGCACUUGAUGCUGCCAACAAAGCACUGGAUUCCUUAGAUAAGGCAGAUAUAUCUGAAAUCAGAGUUUUUACAAAGCCCCCAGAUUUGGUCAUGACCGUAAUGGAAGCAAUCUCCAUUCUCUUGAAUGCCAAGCCCGACUGGCCGUCAGCAAAGCAACUUCUUGGUGACUCAAACUUUCUAAAAAGGCUUUUAGAAUACGAUAAGGAGAACAUAAAGCCUCAGAUAUUGGCAAAGCUUCAAAAAUAUAUUAAUAAUCCUGAUUUUGUGCCUGAAAAAGUGGAGAAAGUGUCCAAAGCAUGUAAAUCUAUGUGCAUGUGGGUAAGAGCUAUGGAUUUGUACUCUCGAGUGGUCAAGGAAGUCGAACCGAAAAGACAAAAGCUCCGUGCCGCACAGGCUGAACUUGACAUUACCAUGGCUACCCUGAGAGAAAAGCAAGCAUUACUAAGACAAGUGGAAAAUCAAAUAAAGGCCUUACAAGAUGAAUAUGACAGAAGUAUAAAUGAAAAAGAAGGUCUGGCAAAGACCAUGGCCCUGACAAAAGCACGUCUAGUACGUGCUGGAAAGCUGACGGCUGCAUUAGAAGAUGAGCAGGUUCGAUGGGAAGAAAGCAUACAGAAGUUUGAGGAAGAAAUAUCAAAUAUCACUGGGAACGUGUUUAUAGCAGCAGCUUGUGUGGCCUACUAUGGGGCUUUCACAGCCCAGUACAGGCAGUCACUCAUAGAGUGUUGGAUCCAGGACUGUCAGUCUCUGGAGAUCCCAAUCGACCCUUCCUUCAGUCUCAUUAGCAUUCUUGGAGAUCCCUAUGAGAUACGGCAGUGGAACACUGAUGGGCUGCCCCGUGACUUGACAUCAACAGAAAACGGCAUUUUGGUUACUCAAGGCAGACGAUGGCCUUUGAUGAUUGAUCCUCAAGAUCAGGCAAACCGUUGGAUAAGGAACAAGGAAAGCAAAAGUGGUUUGAAGAUCAUUAAGCUUACAGAUAGUAAUUUCUUACGAAUACUCGAGAAUUCAAUCCGACUUGGUUUACCUGUCUUACUGGAAGAGCUUAAGGAAACCUUGGAUCCAGCUCUAGAACCCAUCCUUUUGAAACAAAUUUUUAUCAGUGGUGGCCGGCUACUUAUCCAUCUUGGAGACUCAGACAUUGAUUAUGACAAAAACUUUAGGUUCUAUAUGACAACCAAACUGCCAAAUCCCCACUAUCUGCCUGAGGUAUGCAUUAAAGUUACCAUUAUCAAUUUCACUGUGACAAAAUCAGGUCUGGAGGAUCAGCUGUUAAGUGAUGUGGUGCGACUUGAAAAACCCAAGUUGGAAGAACAAAGAAUCAAGCUCAUCGUGAGGAUCAAUGCUGAUAAAAACCAGUUGAAAACUAUCGAAGAAAAAAUCCUGAGAAUGCUCUUCACCUCUGAAGGAAAUGUUCUGGACAAUGAAGAACUUAUUGACACACUCCAGGAUUCAAAGAUCACUUCUGGUGCCGUUAAAACCAGGCUGGAAGAAGCAGAGUCCACUGAACAGAUGAUCAAUGUGGCUCGUGAGAAGUAUCGUCCAGUGGCUACUCGAGGCUCUGUGAUGUACUUCGUCAUUGCAAGCCUCUCAGAAAUAGAUCCUAUGUACCAGUACUCAUUAAAAUACUUUAAACAGUUGUUCAAUACCACCAUUGAAACGUCUGUAAAGACAGAAAAUCUGCAACAGCGCCUGGUCAUACUACUAGAACAAACUCUCCUAACUGCUUAUGUCAAUGUUUCAAGAGGACUUUUUGAACAACAUAAACUCAUCUAUAGCUUUAUGCUCUGUGUUGAGAUCAUGCGUCAGCAAGGAACUCUAACUGAUGCUGAAUGGAAUUUCUUUCUCCGAGGUUCUGCAGGACUGGAAAAGGAACGCCCACCUAAGCCUGAAGCACCCUGGCUGCUUACUGCUACAUGGUUUGCAUGCUGUGACUUGGAAGAAUCAUUUCCAGUUUUUCAUGGACUUACCCAAAAUAUAUUGUCACAUCCUAUUUGCAUACGCUUAGGAUCUUUUGAGACAUAUAUUAACCCACAGGAAUGGGAAGGCUAUUAUAAAAUGAAACACGAAGAGAAACACAUGAGACAGGAAAAGGAGGCCUCACACCAGGAUCCUUGGAGUGCAGGAUUGAGUUCUUUCCAUAAGCUAAUUCUUAUUAAAUGUUGUAAAGAAGAAAAGGUGGUUUUUGCUCUUACAGACUUUGUGAUAGAAAAUCUUGGGAAACAGUUUGUAGAGACACCACCUGUGGACCUGGCUACCCUGUAUCAAGACAUGUCAUGCAACACUCCCCUGGUAUUCAUCUUAAGCACAGGCUCAGAUCCCAUGGGUGCAUUUCAGAGGUUUGCCCGGGAAAGUGGAUAUUCAGAACGGGUGCAGUCAAUUUCACUGGGGCAAGGACAAGGACCUAUUGCUGAAAAAAUGAUCAAGGAUGCAAUGAAAUCAGGAAACUGGGUAUUUUUGCAAAACUGCCAUCUUGCUGUUUCUUGGAUGUUGGCAAUGGAAGAGCUCAUUAAAACCUUCACAGAUCCAGAUAGUGCUAUCAAGGACACUUUUCGACUUUUUUUAAGCUCCAUGCCUAGUAAUACAUUUCCUGUUACAGUUCUUCAAAAUUCUGUUAAGGUGACCAAUGAGCCUCCAAAAGGCUUACGUGCAAAUAUCAGACGAGCAUUUACUGAAAUGACACCUUCGUUUUUUGAAGAAAAUAUACUUGGAAAAAAAUGGAGACAAAUAAUAUUUGGCAUUUGUUUCUUCCAUGCAAUUAUUCAGGAAAGAAAGAAGUUUGGCCCCCUUGGUUGGAAUAUCUGCUAUGAAUUUAAUGACAGUGACAGGGAAUGUGCUUUACUGAACCUCAACCUCUAUUGUAAAGAAGGAAAAAUUCCCUGGGAUGCACUAAUUUACAUUACUGGUGAAAUUACUUAUGGUGGUAGAGUCACAGACACCUGGGAUCAAAGAUGCCUUCGUACUAUCUUGAAAAGAUUUUUUUCUCCUGAGACAUUAGAAGAAGAUUAUAAAUACUCUGAAUCAGGCAUCUAUUUUGCACCCAUUGCUGACAGCCUGCAAGAGUUUAAGGACUACAUUGAAAAUCUGCCUUUGAUCGAUGACCCAGAAAUUUUUGGAAUGCAUGAAAAUGCCAAUCUAGUCUUCCAGUACAAAGAGACCAGCACUUUAAUCAACACCAUACUUGAGGUUCAGCCAAGGUCAUCUACUGGUGGAGAGGGAAAAAGCAAUGACGAAAUUGUUCAAGAACUUGUUGCUUCUGUCCAGACCAGAGUUCCAGAAAAACUGGAAAUGGAGGGUGCUUCUGAGAGCCUUUUCGUCAAGGAUCCUCAAGGACGCCUGAACUCCUUGACUACUGUUCUUGGACAGGAAGUGGACCGGUUUAACAACCUGCUGAAGUUAAUUCAUACUUCUCUGGAAACACUCAACAAAGCCAUUGCUGGAUUGGUGGUGAUGUCUGAAGAAAUGGAAAAAGUAUAUAACAGUUUCCUCAACAACCAGGUUCCCGCUCUGUGGUCCAACACAGCCUACCCAUCCCUGAAGCCACUAGGAUCGUGGGUCAAAGACCUUAUCCUGAGGACCUCAUUUGUGGAUUUGUGGCUCAAAAGAGGACAGCCUAAGUCCUACUGGAUCUCCGGUUUCUUCUUUCCUCAAGGAUUUCUAACAGGAACUCUUCAAAAUCAUGCUCGAAAAUACAAUUUGCCUAUAGAUGAGCUGAGUUUCAAAUACAACAUAAUUCCCACCUAUCGGGAUCAAGCUGCAGUGAUAGAAGCUGCCAAGACAGUGCAAUUUGGACAAGAACUGCCCAUGGACAUGGAGUUGCCCUCUCCUGAGGAUGGUGUUCUUGUUCAUGGGAUGUUCAUGGAUGCUUCUCGUUGGGAUGAUAAGGAGAUGGUGAUAGAAGAUGCAUUGCCCGGACAGAUGAAUCCAAUGCUGCCUGUGGUGCAUUUUGAACCACAACAAAAUUAUGAGCCAAGCCCAACACUUUACCACUCCCCACUUUAUAAAACAGGGGCCCGGGCAGGGACACUCUCAACCACAGGGCAUUCAACCAACUUUGUGGUAACCAUCCUCUUACCCUCCAAGCGGUCCAAAGACUACUGGAUUGCCAAGGGAUCAGCUUUGCUCUGCCAGCUGAGUGAGUGAGAAGGUGCCACCUCAGCACCGAAAAAGAACCAGGCCAGACAUCUUUCCUAAUGGGGGAGAAAGGUUUGAAUAAUUUCUAUGUGAGCAAAAUGGUGUUAAUUCUGAUUUGACUUAAAGGUAUUAAGUAUGACUUUUAUUUCUCUUAUGACCUUAAAGUGUUUUGAGUUCUUUCUGUCGGCAAUCCAAGCUCUUAUGUAGAGGCAGCAGAUUCAGCACCCACCUAGUAAGCCUGCUCCCCCACCCUAAGUGAGAGCCAGGCAGCUUCCCAUCAGUUACCUUCUGGGACCCCCAGAAGGAGUCAGGACUCAGCACUCGCUUCCUCACACAGGCUUCUUUCCUCUUCACCCUGAUUGAAAAGAUCCCGGGUGCUUCCAUUUCUAGACUAGAUUAAGGCUCUCAGAGUCCAGUGUAUGGGAGGUUGAUGCAGCGGGCACAACUGUAGGGCAAAGGAGCAGGAUAAGAGGUCGGCUCGAGAUGUCAGUUCCCUGUUCCAUGGGGCUACAUCACAAUCCUUGGAAGAGCCUGUGCUUUCACAAGAGGGCAGGCCAGUCCUGCCCAAGGAUGGAGGAUUUUCCCCUUCCACUUCAGUAUGAAUCUGUGUGAAAACUAACCAAGUCCCAGCCAGGUGCACUGGAGCCUCUGCCACCUCAAAAGCAGAGGUUGGUGGGUCAGUUCUAAAAUGGAGCAGCCACUGUGACAAACCGUCUUGUGUCAGCCCUGCCUGUAAUGGUCUGCCUGCUUCCUUGGCCAUAAUGUGACCCAAAAAGCAAGGGAAUCACCCAGCUAGGAUUGAGCCCUUGAUGGGAACCACACCACCCUCUUACAAAGAAUUGGAGGAACAGGGUCAGCCAGAGUGAUCCUACCCUCCCAGUUUAUCUCUGCCUCCCCACUUUAUCCCCAUACCUAUCAAAGUUAAGAACAGACUCAAGUCACAGAGAAGCAGGGAACACCACUUUUACCAGAAAUCAGUGCACAAAUCAGAAACUACUCUUGGUGUUUCAAGCAGAAAUAGGUACUAACAUGGUUUCAGGAACGGCUGCCACUGCAGAAGUCAAAGAGCUGGUAUCAGGCAUCACAGCAUCUGUACUCCAGGGUGGGAGCCCUGAAGGAAAAACCGUGCCAAGCUUGCAGCUACUCCACACUAAAGCAGGGGAAGAGGGGGCUGCAGAGAACUGGCCACCGCACAAACUUGUGUCUGCUGCAGCCUGCACAUAACCAUGCCCCUUCUCAAGAAAAAGACCCUCUGCUCACUUUUAUUUUCCAAAUAUCCCAUGAGUGUAUCUCAUUAGGAGAAUUAAUCAUAGCAGCAAGAGGAUUUGGGAGUUUUUGCCCACCUACACCUGCAAUACAGGUGGUGCAGAAUGGAACCAAAGUGAUGGACACGGGUCCUGAGUGCCAUCGCACCACUCUUUCAAUAAGGCCACAGAGAUGUUCUGGGCCCUGGAAAUAACUGAGCAUGAACCCACAAAUGCCUCCGAAAAGGAAAGGAAGCCAGAGCAACAAACCCAGGCAAUCAGCCUUACCCUAAACCAGGUCAGAGGACAAAUACAGCUACUUCUUAUUGGCCGCACCCAAUCCUGGACAGACCUUCUGCCCGGAAUUUUUGUGGGCUACUCAGAGGCCCAGGACCAUAAAGGAAGCCUGCCACAGGUAGGACCCUGAUCUGGAACCCUGGUGGUUAGGGGAGGGAAAUCACCUGGGCAGGGUUAAAAGCUCCCAUUUCAGAUGCAACUGGGGAAUUUUCACUCUUACACAUUUUAUAGAGAGAGUCCCAAUAAGAUUUUUAUUUAGGAAAAACAUUAACAACAAACAUGUAAAUAAUAAAUAAGAUAGGGAUUGGGAGCAGUAUGAAAACCGCUUUCUUAGGAUGGUUAACUCUUUUAUCUCUGAACAUUGAAUGAGAUAAAUUUCUAGAUGCUGUUCUCUAUUUUUAUGUUAUUGGACCAAUAUUCUAUAUAAAUAAUUAAGAUGUAACCAUUUAAUAGUCUAUACAAACAACCUCAGUCCUGUCACUACCAUAUUACAUUCUGCAAAUGUUAUUCUGUUGUGUCAGAUACCAAAUUUUAGUGAGGUAUCUCCAAGGCACAUAGUAGAAAACAAAAUUGGUUAAUUACUCAUGUUUCUUUCACUGUGAUUUGGAAAUGAUUUAAUCUUUAUAGAAUGA